AUGAAUUAUUAAACUGCUUUAGAAUAAAUCAAAGGGUAUCAACCUCAUUUUGAGGAUUACAAUUAUGUUGAUCUUCUAAGCAUUAAAUCUAAACUACAGAUUACAAACAAUUAUCUUUAUUAUGGAUAAUUAUUUAACAAACUCAAACAUGGUAGAGGUUUCAUAUUAAAUAAAUUUUAGGGAUUCUCUUAUCAAUAAAUGGACGUAAAUAUGAGGGUUAUUGGAAUGAAGAUUAGAAACAUGGAUAUGGAUGGGAAUUAUUAUCAAAUGGUUCAUAAUAUGAGGGUUAUUAUUUUCAUGGAAAACCUCAUGGAAAAGGAAAAUUUAUAUGGGCAAAUGGAGAAUAUUAUGUGGGAGAAUGGAAUAUGGGAAUUAGAGAGGGAUAAGGUAAAUUUGAAUUCUCUAUGCAGGGAUAUGGUGUGGCUUAAAUGGUGAGUAUUAUUAAGGACAAUGGAAAAGUAAUUAGGCCACAGGUUUUGGAGAAUACAUUUAAAAUGGCAAUAAGUAUAUUGGCAAUUUUAUAGAUUGGUUUAAAAAUGGGGAAGGUUAAGAAUUAUUUAAUAAUGGAGAUAGAUAUCAAGGUAAUUACCUUAAUGGAUUACCUCAUGGAUAUGGAGAAUAUUUUUGGAAUAGUGGAGCUCAAUUUCAAGGAUAUUUCAGAGAAGGAUUGCGUUGUGGGAAAGGUAUUUGGAGAAGAUCAGAAGAAUCACCAACUGAUUGUUAUUAGGGUAAUUAUGAAGGAGAUAAAAAAAAUGGAUAUGGAGUUUACAAAUGGGCAAAUGGAAAUGAAUAUAGGGGAUAGUUUAUUAAUGAUUAUAAACAUGGUUAUGGAGAAAUGAUUUACUUUGAUGGUUAAGUUGUUUAAGGUAAUUGGGAAUUUGGAAAAGUUGUUAGUCAAAUAAGAACUCAAUCCGUUGAAAAAAUUAAAAAUGAUAAUAAUUAUCAAAUUAAAGUAAUUGAUGAAUUAAAUUAAAUGGCAGUAAAUACUAAUGAAAAUAGAAUAGUUCUAAAAAUCUCUGAAGUAGCUAAGUAGUCAAAUAUUUAAUAUACCUCAAAUAAUAAAGAAAAAGUUAAUUAUCUAAAUCCUUUGAUAUAUGAGAAUAAGAAAUAUUCUAUCAAUAGUAAUCCAUCUACAUAAUAGUCUAAUAGAACAAAAAAUUUAAUUAGAAUUAAAUAGUAUACAAAAGAAAGAGAAUUAAGUAAAAGUUAAGAAUGUCCAAAAGUAUUUAAACCUGUUCCAUAAACAGAAAGAUAAAAAACAUAAUCUAAAUUUUGUAUAAAAUCAAUAGAAAAGCAUAAUUGGCAAAUAAGAAACCCUAAAUUAUCUAAUUCUUUAAUUAAUUGA